AUCGAGGAGAAGGACAGGAAUUUGUGGCUUUCCACAGCUGUUUUGAAAAGGAUGCCCUGUGAGGUGAAACCUCGGUUCGUGGUUCUGUACGGGUCUCAGAAAGGACAAGCCCAGUCCAUAGCAGAAGGGAUUGCUGAGGAGGCAGAGCAGCACGGACUGGUUGCUGAGCUCAGUUGCCUGGACCAAAAUGACAAGUACAAUUUGGAGAAGGAGAGUGCCCCAGUGGUGUUUAUUGUGUCCACUACUGGAGACGGGGAACCGCCAGACAAUACCCUUCAAUUUGUAAAGAGCAUCAAGAGGAAGACCCUCCCCGCUGACCACUAUAAACACCUUUGCUAUGCACUUUUAGCUUUAGGAGACACAAAUUAUGCAAAUUUCUGUAAUUGUGGGAAGACUAUUGAGCGCCGUCUACAGGAACUUGGAGCCGAACAAUUCUAUGCAGCAGGUUAUGCAGAUGAUGGUGUAGGGCUGGAGGUGGUAUUGGACCCCUGGCUUGAAGGGCUCUGGAAAGCAAUAAAAGCUGCAUUAUCAAAAAUGGCUUCUGAUAGGACUAGUUGCUUGAAAGGGGAAGCAGGGGAAUCAACAAAGGAAGAUUCAUCCAUACCAGAUGUCCAACUAAGCCUCUUAAGCAUCACUGACCAACAGAACUGCAAUUCAGCCAAUUCAUCUUUAGAGACUGUCUCCAAAUUUGCAUCUGCUGCUUCAUCUUCAGCUUCAGCUACACAGACUGCUGUUUCUGAUCUGGUUCCAGCUACUCCUUUGGGAAGUGACGGGUUGGCAUCCCAGUUUCACGAUGCCGCCAGUGUUUCUACAUCAAAACAAGAGACUCAAACUGGGGAUGCUGGCGUUCUCGGGGUUGCACUGGCAGCCUCACUGACACGCUCACUGCCACCGCUGUCGGAGUCCUCUCUUAAUGUUCCCGCUCUGCCUCCUUCCUACCUGGAUGUCUCUCUUCAGGAGGCAGACAUCAUAGAACAGGUUGACGGACCAGCGAACAGAGACAGUCUUCACGAGGUUCCCAUAUCCAGGGCAGUUCAGCUGACCCGAGGAGAUUCAGUCAAAACUGCCCUUCGCUUGGAGCUGGACAUCUCUUUAAUGAGCUAUCAGCCUGGGGAUUCGUUUGAUGUGUUUUGCCCAAACAGGGCCUCUGAGGUGGAGGACAUGCUCCACAGAUUGGCCCUGUCUGACCAGAGGAACCAUCUAGUAAACAUAUCUCUGCGUAAAGACACUAAGAAAAAAGGUGCUCUGGUGCCACCCUACAUCCCCCAGAACAUUUCUCUGCUGUACCUGCUCACAUGGUGUCUAGAGAUCAGGAGUGUUCCUAAGAAGGCAUUUCUCCGUGCACUGGUGGAGCAUACAGGGGACAGUGUGCAGAAGAGGAGACUGCAGGAGCUCUGCAGUAAACAAGGCGCCGCAGAUUACAACCUGUUUGUGAGGGACCCCAGCCUCAGCAUUUUGGAGCUUUUUGCCGCCUUCCCAUCAUGCUCGCCUCCUCUCAGCCUCCUUAUAGAGCAUGUGCCGAAACUGCAGCCCAGACCUUACUCAGCAGCCAGCUCCUGUCUCAGACACCCUGGGAAGCUGCAUUUUGUCUUCAACAUAGUAGAGUUGCCAGCAUGCUCUGUGCGGCCUGCGGGAAGGCAAGGCUUGUGUACGGGUUGGCUGUUUGACCUCAUCCGUCGUGUCCUGGUUUUCCCUGAGAAGGAUGAAUCCUCCAGCAGCACGGACCUGCCAAAGAUCCAUGUGAAGUUGAGACCAAACUGCUCCUUUCGGCCCCCCUCUGACCCCUCGGUGCCCUUUAUCAUGGUCGGACCUGGCACAGGAGUCGCACCCUUCAUUGGCUUCCUCCAGCAAAGAGAGAAGGAGAAGCAGGAGAAGCCCGAGGCCACAUUUGGCGAGACUUGGCUCUUCUAUGGUUGUCGACACAGAGACAGAGACUUCCUGUUCAGAGAGGAGCUGGAGGGAUUUGUGUCCAGCGGUACCCUGAGCCACCUCAAGGUGUGUUUCUCCAGAGACAGCGGGGAGGAGGACGGACGACCCAAAUACGUCCAAGACAACCUGCUAAUUAACAGGCAACAUGUCACCGACAUCCUGCUCAAACAGAACGGUUACCUCUUUGUCUGCGGAGAUGCUAAGAACAUGGCUAAAGAUGUGAAUGACACCCUGAUAGAGAUGAUCAAGACAGAGCUUCAAGUGGACCAGCUGGACGCCAUGAAGACACUGGCGGGGCUGAGAGAGGAGAAACGCUACUUACAGGACAUCUGGGGCUGACAGCAGAUGACAAGAUAAGGGAAUUCUGCAGCAUCCACUGUGCUCUUUUACACCUCCCAAAAAAAUCAAAUCAGCCUUCUCAGCUGUAACCUCCAGAACCAUAAAAUUGCAGAUGCUGAAGCCCAGACUGAGUUUACACCAGCCUUUGCCUCAAAGAUGGAAUGUAGCUUGCUGACCCGGGGAUAUCAGCCCACUACAUCAUCCUGGGCUUUGCUGUUUGAACAGAAAUGACCUUGGUCAGGGCAGUGGUGCUGGAGAUUGGUCCCGCAGUGUGAAAAUGCUUUUAGUGUCGACAAGCCUCUUUUCCUGCCUUCAUCCUGUCUGGGGAAAAGGCAUUUACUUCCGUCGGCUAUGAUGGAGUGACUUUGAUGAGACCGAGAGCGUGAUAUAGCUACAACCUAGAUGGCAAAAACACAGCAAUUUUAAAGUACAGAAGAAAACAGUAAACGGUUUAUUGUCAUUCAGGAAGGAAGAAAUCAUUUUUAAGCAUAGCGAGUACUUUUUUUGGAAUGUGUCAAACCACCUUUGAAUGCCCCAAAGUUUACAUCAGAAAUCACUUUCAGUCUAAAUUCUUACUUUAUUUCUUUCUGCUUCUUUUUGAAUGAAUAAAUAAUGAUUUUAAAGUGCAUCAGAAGAGAGUUCAUUUUCUUAAGUAUUUUCUGGAAUCCUCAUAUUUUCAUCCUAAAUACUGUGGUUAUUAUAAACCUAUCAGUGUUUCCCCUACCAUUAUAUUAGGGGGUGUUUGCCCCUCCAAAAGUUACUGUUUUUUAAAUUUAUUUCAAUAAAAUGGGACUUUUGCCAGUGAUUUAUAGCUUUACUGUGUUAAAUUUAAUUGUAACACUAUUUUAAAACUAUAAAUCAUUGUCUGUCUCCCCCAGCCGACUGCCAGUUUUGGAGCGAAUGAACUCCAACUUAGAACUAAGUCCUGCAAACUUGACCAAAAUCUCUCAAACUGUGGGGAAAACAAACACAACUGUGCCUUGUGUGAUCAGGAAUUAAAAUACAAUUUGGCGUAAA